AUGACGUGUAGUUGCAAGAAAUUUGAGUUUGUGGGGAUCCUAUGUAGUCAUGCAUUGAAAGUUUUAGAUUUUUAUAAUGUAAAAGAAGUUGAUCCUCGGUAUAUUAUGAAAAGAUGGAGAAGAGAUGCAAAAGAAGGUUUUGGUAGAGAUCAUACCAGGGUACCAACAAAAGGCGAGCAUAAUAUUGUUUUAGGUAAGCGGUAUAAAUAUUUGUGUAGCAAGCUUCAUAGAAUUGCAGCAAUGGCUAAGGAACAUGAUGAGUUGUUCAAAUUUGCUGAUAAAUACACAGAAAAAUUCCACGAUGAAAUGAUGGAACGUAUGAAAGGGAUGAAGGAACCUUCACUGAGGUCGUCUAAAUCCGUUGAUGAAACCGUAGAGAUUGAACACGCAGACCAUGAGCCGACUGAAAGUGAAGAGACUAGACGUGCACACUCUAGACGAAAUGAAAACGUUGAUACUAAAAGUGCAUGCCAUGAGCCAACUGAAAGCAUAGAUAUAGAAACAACACACCCCGAGCCUAUUGAAAAAGAAAUUACUUUUGUUAAUAGCCAGAGUUCACAAACUAUAAGUGGGAUUAAAGUAAAGCCUCAAGUUGGGGGCAACCAUCGUGUGUAUCAAAAUCCACUGAAUAAAGUACGGAAGAAAAAAUCUCGUACUGAAUUCGUUCAAUCACAAGCAAAUCAAGAGAGACGAGAAACUACUCAAGCACCAAACAUAAUGCACCCUACUUCAUUUCAACCUUCAAAUUAUUCAAUUCCUUCUCCUGAACUGAGUCAUCUUAAUCAGGUAUCAGUGAGAACUUAUUUACCAAAUCUUGUCAUGUCACAUGUUUAUGUUCUUUAA